AUGGUUUAUGAAUUGAAAAUAGACUUUUAUCUGCAUGCUGAAAAACCUUUCUUUUUUCCUUGCUUGCUUGCUUUCUUCCUUCCUUCCUUUCUUCCUUCCUUUCUUCUUUCCGUUCUUUCUUUCUUCCUUCCUUUCUUCUUUCCUUUCUUUCUUCCUUCCUUCCUUUCUUUCUUUCUUCCUUCCUUUCUCCCUUUCUUUCUUUCUUCCUUCCUUUCUUCCUUUCUUUCUUUCUUUCUUUCUUUCUUUCUUUCUUUCUUUCUUCCUUCCUUCCUUCCUUCCGUUCUUUCUUUCUUUCUUUCUUUCUUCCUUUCUUUCUUUCUUUCUUCCUUUCUUUCUUUCUUCUUUCCUUUCUUCCUUUCUUUCUUUCAUUCUUCCUUGUUUCCUUUUCUCUUUCGUUUUUUCAUUCGUUUACAUUUUUUUCUUUUUCUCUCAUUCUUGUUCUUUCAUUCUUUUUCCUUUCUUUCUUUUUCUUUCUAUCGUUCUCUUUCCUUUUCUUUCUUUUCCUUUUCUUUCUUUUCUUUUCUCCUUUCUUUUCCUUUCUCUUUUCUUAGAAUGUAUUUAUUUCACCUUCUUUCUUUAUCUUUUCCUACUACUGCCAGCAAUUCACCAUCAAAACUUCUCUGUUUCCAUGUCUUUCUUCCUUCUUUCUCAAUUUAUGACCUUUCUCUUUCUUUCUUUCUUUCUUUCUUUCUUUUUCAUUCUCUUAUUAACAUAUCACUAUCGACAGCUUCUUUCUGUCUUUUUCCCUUCAACUCCAUCACCACCAUUAUCAUCGUCAACAGCUUCUUUCCUUCAUUAUCCUCCUACCCCUUUCUGACUUUACAACUCUCACCAACCUGUCAAAAAAAAACAACACAAUUACGACUAUUCUUCUUUUAA